AUGGGUCGUCGAGACGGGUUUCGAACCCUAAGCGGAGACAGUUCCGUCUUUACUGACACUAUUCCGGAGGACACGGCGAAUUUUGACACCUUAGCUUACAAAGGAAAUCGAACGGCGUCGUCUAACGAGGAUAUCGAAGAGGAGGAUUGCAAGGAGUUACUACUUACGCCGGGGCAAGAUGAGGCUUACGAAGCGGUCGGCUGCUGUCCUUCGCUGACCUACAGCGGCGUAAAUCCACAGCAGAAACGCCGGCCACUAAUAUUACCUACAGGAAAUUUAACAACAUCAUCUGCCUGCGAUCCCUCUAGUAGUAGUGCCGAGGAAAUCGAUAGUUGGGAGAACGAGAAAGAGGCGCCGAGAGAAGAAAGAGCGGAAGGCUCAAGGGAGAGUGAGAGGGAAGACAGGAAUGAAUGUAUUUUGGAAGAUGAUGAGGAGCACGUGUCUAAUCAUGAUGGGGGGCAUGCGAGUGAUGAUGGGGGGCAUGCGAGUGAUGAUGAGGGGCAUGCGAGUGAUAAUGAGGGGCAUGCGAGUGAUGAUGAGGGGCAUGCGAGUGAUGAUGAGGGGCAUGCGAGUGAUGAUGGGGGGCAUGAGAGUGAUGAUGGCCGGUAUGCGUCUGAUGAUGGGAGAGGGUGUGAGUUCGGGCCUGGGGAGGAGGAGGCGGAGAGAGCUAUGCUCGAGGAAGCGGAAGAGGCGGCGAAAGGGCGGCAGUCGUGGCUGUCGAGUGUGGAGUGGUUCGUGUCGUGGCCGCUCGGGCGACUCAGCCACCCGUGGCGCAAGCGUGUGCUAUGGGUGUGGGUGCUGGUGGCCGCAGCGAUCCUAUCGAUGGUGUUUUUCACCGCGUGGCAGCAUGCCAAGACGAACGAGAAGCACGACCUGGAGGAGCACUGCGACGAGUGGGCGGCGUUCAUCGGCGCCAAGUUCAACACCACGAUGGCCAACACAAGAUCCAUGUCCGAUUUCAUCCGCGCCUAUUACCUCGAUAGCAAGAAGGAGGACUUUCGUGACUUGGCAAAAUUCCAGCGGUUCACUCAAGCUACGCUUGAUAGCCGACCCAUGGCAUCAUUCGUGGCGUUCACUCUCCUCGUGAACAACUCGUUCAUCCGAGACAGAAUCGAGAGGACCGCCGGCCAUUGCUUCUACGCACCCGAGCCCAACGGCACCGUGUCGUGCCGCCCGCGUGGCUUGCCGCUGUACGCGCCAGUUCUGGUCUUCCAUGGACGCAAGGACUUCAACCCACGGUUCAGGCCCAUCACUGCUGGAUGCUGCUAUGACAUCCUAGAAGACCCAGGAGUGAGCGACAUGAUCCACCGAGCCAUCAACUCAGCCGCCUCCGUCAUGUCUCCGCCGUUCAUGCGCGACAACUACCCCUACCAUUUCAUCGGCCAAGUCUUCCCAGUCUACUUCAACCUCACCACCUUCGCCCUGCCCCCCUCGCCCUCCCCUCCCUCCAUCGCCAUCCCUCCGCUCGCCACCCCCGGCCCCGGGGUGCUCCCUCGGGGAUUCGUCAUUGCGGGGUAUAACUUUGCAAACCUGCGAUCGCUGGCGGGGUUUAAGCAGCUGGAGGAGCUGACGACGCGGGUUUACCUGGUGGACGGUACCAAGGGGGGGGCUUGGGAUGGUGCGCGGAAUGAGACUGCACGGAAUGAGGACGGGAAGACUAGUAGAUGGAUGCCUGCGCUGUUAUUUGACCAUGAGGGGGUGGUGGAUGAGGAGGAGAUUGGUGCGUGGAUGGUGGAUGGGGAGGAGCAGGGGCGGGGGAGGGUGCGACGGGUGGUGCAUUUGGGAGAUCCAACAAAAAGGCACACCUCAUACAGGAGGCCGUUCGGACCGUUCAUCUGGAUAGUAGUCGCCGUGCUCUUCCUCACCGUCUCCACCUUCCUGCUCUGGACGAGCAUCCAGCUCAUGCACGCCUUUGAGUGCGACUGCCACCACCUGGCUGUGGCACAGCAGGAGCUCCGCGCUGCUCGAGUGGAAGCCGAGGCGGCGAGUCGGGCCAAGGGAGACUUCCUCACCACCGUGUCGCAUGAGAUUCGCACGCCCAUGAAUGGCGUCAUAGGCAUGCUGAACCUGCUGCUGGAGACCCCUCUGGACGGCACGCAGCAGGACUACGCGGAGACGGCGUGCAGCAGCGGGCGGGCGCUGUGUGCGCUGAUCAACGACAUUCUCGACCUCUCCAAGAUCGAGGCCGAGAAGCUCCGCCUCGAACGCAUCCCCCUCGAUCUUCGCGCACAGCUCGACGACGUCCUCGCGCUCUUCGUGGAGACCGCCGAUGAGAAGCGAUCGGUGGAGCUCGCCGCGUUUGUGGCGGACGAUGUGCCCGAGAUGCUGAUUGGGGACCCGCUUCGAGUGAAGCAGAUACUCAUCAACCUCAUUGGGAACGCCUUGAAGUUUACCACCAAGGGCCAUGUCUUCAUUGCCGUGCUCCUCGCAACCGCCACCGACAACACCAACGAUGAUAAUGGCGCUCCCCCGUCGCUGCUCUCAGUUGCCUCCACAACGCACCAUUCCCUUACCAAUUGCUUCGCCAGUGCAAGCAGCCAUAGAGACGGGAAGGAUACAGCAAGCGAAGAUGGAGCCACUGCUGGGGUAGAUGGGAGGAGCGGUGCUGCUGGUCUUGGCGAUGGCACUCGUGGUGGCAAUGAUGGCACUCGUGACGAUGAUGGCACACGUGAUGAUGAUGGUACUCGUGAUGAAAGUGAAUCCGGUGCCGAUGUGGGCACUAGUGGCAGUAGGCCUGUUGUGGAGGCAUGUUCUGAGCCUGUAUGUCUGACGCUGAGUGGCCGGCCAGCCAUGAAGACAUGGUGCUCGUGGGAGGCCAUGCGGGAGCACAUGGACCUUGGAGCCGUGGGCAUGGGCAUGGGCAAGGGCAUGGGCAUGGCGAAUGAUACAUGCCGUGGACGCCACGACCCUUGUGGCCUGCCCCCUGACCAGCCUGUGCGCCUGAUGGUGGCUGUGGAAGACACAGGUACCGGCAUCCCGCGCCACGCUCGGAGGCACAUCUUCCGGCCGUACACACAGGCAGAGCGCAGCACGGCACGGCUGCAUGGAGGCACGGGCAUCGGCCUCUCCAUCUGCAAGCGCCUGGUUUCGAUGAUGGGCGGAUCCAUCUCCUUUGUAUCAAAGCCAGGCGUCGGCACCACCUUCCUCUUCGAUAUCCUCCUCCACACACCCCCUCCCCCUCACCCCCAUCCGUCCCAUCCUCCUCCUUCUCAACCCCACACUCCUCCACAAACCAGCACUUCUCCUCAUGCUCCUGUCCCACCUCUCUCCUCUCUCUCACUCCCUUCGCCCCUGCUUACAGCAUCUCCAACCUCUUCUCAAUCCCCUGCCACUCUCACGCCCACCCGCUCUGCCACUCCCUCCGGCCUUCCAUGCAUCCCCUCUCCUCUUACUCAAAGCUCUUGCAACGUGCCCCACCAAGGCACAGGAAGCCAGCAGCAGCAGAAUCAGGCGGCGUGUGGGUUAGAGGGUGUGUGUGCGGUGAGUGGUGGGAGGGCCACGGGUGCGUUAGAGGGAGUGUGUGUGGCAAGCAGUAGGAGUGGUUGGAGGGCAGCACGGGGAUGGGAGGGUGUGUGUGUGGUGAGUGUGGACGACCGGCCGGAGCAGGGGCAGGAGCAGGAGCAGGAGCAGGAGCAGGAGCAGGAGCAGGAGCAGGAGCAGGAGCAGGAGCAGGAGCAGGAGCAGGAGCAGGAGCAGGAGAAGCAGAAGCGACUACCCUGCGCUCAAACGAACACAGGACCUAUCAGCAACCUCUCAUGUCCUCCCCUCAAGCCUCGUCUUGAGCCGUUGAGUCAUCCUCUUGAGCCUCCGCUAGAGCCACCUCUCAAGCUUCUUUGCAAACCUCCUCUCGAGCAUCCGUUCAAGCCACCUUUCGAGCCUCCCCUCCAGCCGUUGAGUCGUCCUCUCGAGCUGCUGAGUCUCGAGUCUCCUCUCAAGCCUCCUCUCGAGCCGUUUGGCUCGCCGGCUGUUCUUGUGGCUCCUUUCACCUUCCGCCCCUCCGCCUCCACUCCCUCGGCCUCAUCCGCCCUCUUCUCCCCGCUCUCUCCCACUCCCCUUUCCCGCCAGUCCUCCUGCCCUCCUCUUUCAAUCAGUGUCAUAUCUUCGAGCGAGAAUGGCGAGGGUGGAAGGGAGGAGGAGGAGCGGCGGCAUCAGCAGCGGCAGCAGGCGGAAAAGGGAGCCAAGGAGGGAGAGGAGGCAGAGGAAGGAGAAGAGGAGGAGCAGGAGGAGGAGGAAGAAGGAGAGGAGGUGAAUGGAGAAGGGGGGUUGCAGCAGCAGAAGGUGCACUACAGGAGCUUGAGCAAGGAGGAGAGGCGGGGAUGGGUGGGGGCGGUGGUGGUGGAGGGGGAGAUGAUGCAGCGGCUGGGCAUCACAGCAGAUCAAAUCCACGCUCUUAUGAUGGGCCAGGGGGGGGUUGGGAUGACAGGGUCUGGCAAUUUGAUGAGUGAGCGAGGGCAGAUGAGCGAGCGAGGGCAGAUGAGCGAGCGAGGGCAGAUGAGCGAGCGAGGGCAGAUGAGCGAGCGAGGGCAGAUGAGCGAGCGAGGGCAGAUGAGUGAGCGAGGGCAGAUGAGCGAGCGAGGGCAGAUGAGCGAGCGAGGGCAGAUGAGCGAGCGAGGGCAGAUGAGCGAGCGAGGGCAGAUGAGCGAGCGAGGGCAGAUGAGCGAGCGAGGGCAGAUGAGCGAGCGAGGGCAGAUGAGCGAGCGAGGGCAGAUGAGCGAGCGAGGGCAGAUGAGCGAGCGAGGGCAGAUGAGCGAGCGAGGGCAGAUGAGCGAGCGAGGGCAGAUGAGCGAGCGAGGGCAGAUGAGCGAGCGAGGGCAGAUGAGCGAGCGAGAACAGAUGAGCGAGCGAGGGCAGAUGAGCGAGCGAGGGCAGAUGAGCGAGCAAGGGCAGAUGAGCGGGGAAGGACACAUGAGUGGGGGCAGGGAGGAAGGUGCGGAGAUGACAAGGGAGGGUUUGAGCGGGUGUGCAGUGGAGGAGAAGGCGUAUGGCAGCAAGGGCAGCAAAUGCAGCAGCUGUAAAAGGUGGCCCGUCCCCUUCCUUGUGCUUCUGCACGGCUCCCUCCCCCUCCCAUCUACUUCUCUUGCCGGAGGCAUUUUCGCGAGCGACAGCUUCAGCCCUUACGAGACGUAUGCUUAUAAAGGGGACAUUUCUUGCCGUGAGCCCCACUCGCACGGCAACAGGAAGGUCAGCUAUGAGCCGCCACUAGACGGCAGGGGUCAGACUGGAGAGCGGAACAGGGAGAGGAGCAGGGAUAGGAGGGGCAGGAGCAGGGACAGGAGCAGGGACAGAAGCAGGGAUAGGAGCAGGGAUAGGAGGGGUAGUAGCAAAGACACAGGUAUGGACAGGAGCGGUGAUAGGAAGCACAUGAGGGACAGGAGCAGGAGUAGCAGCCGUAAGAGCAAGGAGAAGGGUGGAACAGCUGAAAGAGCGGAAGGAAGGGCGGGUGGGAUUGAUUUGAAGUUCAGCCGAGAUACUUCGCACCAGCAGCAGCAGCAGCAGCAGCAGCAGCAGCAGCAGCAGCAGCAGCAGCAGCAGCAGCAGCAGCAGCAGCAGCAGCAGCAGCAGCAGCAGCAGCAGCAGCAGCAGCAGCAGCAGCAGCAGCAGCAGCAGCAGCAGCAGCAGCAGCAGCAGCAGCAGCAGCAGUCUUCUGAGGCGCCUCAAAACCAGCAGCAGCAGCAGCAGGAGCAGCAGCAACAGGUCUCAGAAAACACGCCACACGUAUACCACCGGCCUGUCAGUAUAGACUGCAGUGACAGUAUCAAUCGCCAGGGGCAGGGUGAGGGGCAGGGGCAGGGGCAGGGGCAGUGGGGUGGUGAGGCAUUGGAGCUAGUGAGUCCUCAGCAGGUGAAGGGGCAGUGGGGGGGUGGUGUGGUGCUGAGCCCAUCGGCCCUCCACAAGGCUGGCAGCAGCGCUGCAGCGGCCCUCUGGCGAGCUGUGACGUCCCCCCGACCACUCAUGUCCCACCAGUCCCUUGCUUCCCCUCAGUCGCUCAAUUCCCCUCACUUGUUCAAGUUGCUCCGAUCUCACUCUCCCACCUCUCCUACAACUCCCACCACUCCCACCACCCCCACCACCCCCACCACUCCCAACACUAUCACCACCCCCGCUUCUGACGCUGCCAAAUCCAAAGCUGCCAGCCUUGUGGCAUCGCUUGGACGGCAGCAGCAGCAGCAGGGCGUGGAUGGCAGCAGUGUCUCGUUGGCCAGUCGAUCUGCUUCCCUCGAACACCUGAUCGAACCGGUUGCACCUGCUGCUGCUGCUGCGUCGGGGGGCUUGGCUUCGGUUGCCGUUGGCGGUUCAGCAGGUGGAGGUGGUACGUUGAUGGGAGGUAGGGGCGUUGGGAGAGGCACCAGUGCUGGGGAAGCACCUGGUUCGGGUGAAAGGAUGGCUUGCGUGCACGGGUCAGCAGGUGAAAGGAGAGCAGCUGGGCGGUCCCGUGUGAGACAGGGUGAUAAGAGGCAUAGCACAAGCACCAGUGCUGCUGGUGGCAAGGAUGGUGCUGCUGUUGCUGCUUGUGCUGAUGCUGGUGCUGGUGCUGGUGCUGGUGCUGGUGCUGGUGCUGGUGCUGGUGCUGGUGCUGGUGCUGAUGCUGGUGCUGGUGCUGGUGCUGGUGGUGGUUGUGGUGGUGGUGGUGGCAGAGUGAGUGGGUUUGAGAGUGUGCUGGAUUUCACAGGGUUCUCUCCCCCCACGUCGUGUUCCUCGGUUGGCACACUGUCCCCUGCCAUUAUGUCGUUUGAGGCGCCUGAAAAGUCCUUAUCGGUGGCCAGCAAGCUGCUGGAGAGGCACGGCGCGCGAGUCACCGCCGUGGAUGGCGGCGCCAAGGCGCUUCAAGCCCUCGCCCCGCCCCACCCCUACGACCUCGUCCUCAUGGACCUCCAGAUGCCGGGCAUGGAUGGGCUGGAGGCGACUCGGAGGAUCCGAGCGCGGGAGAGGGCUGAGGGCGGGGGGCAUGUGGCCAUCAUUGCGCUCACAGCGGAUGUGAUUGCCGGCACGCGCCACCACUGCUUUGCCGUCGGCAUGGAUGACUACCUCUCCAAACCCCUCGAGGAGGCGCAGCUCUCCAAGGCCGUCUGGCGCUGCCUCGCCCAUACAUGA